GAUAAUAGAACUACGGAACGUCAUAUCAACAUGGUUACGGCUAGUUGUUCCGACGCGAUAACGAAACGGAAACAUUAAAACAAUAUUAAAUUUAAGUUACAAAAAUAUAGGAAAAAAAGUUAUAUUAAAAAAUUAAAUAUCUAAAUUGUAUAUUAACGUGUGAAUAGUGUUAUUUGAGUGUUUAGUUAGGGAGCAUAAAAAGUUUAUCAUUUUAUAUUUCUAACAUGUAGAAGAAAGAUUAGAACAUAAAUUAGUUACCAGUACUACAAAAUUAAAGGUUAUUUUUAAUUUGAUCAGUAUCAUCAUAAUGUCAUAAUUAUAAAAGAAAUUGGAUAUAUCAUGAGCUGCUCUGUAGAAUUAAGACAGCGUAGACAACAGGGGAUGGCGGAGGAUCCUCAUAAACUUGCAGCAAUGAUGAAUAAAUCUCAAAGACUUGUAUUGGGCCUGUUAGUUUUAUUAUUAGUUGAUAUCAUUUGGGUUUCUAGUUCUGAACUUACUAAAUAUAUUUACAGAGAAGCAGCAUUUGAAAAACCAUUUUUUAGUACAUAUGUGAAAACAUCAAUGUUUACAUUUUAUUUACUUGGUUUAUGUUUUUGGCCUCCAUGGAGAGAUCAAUGCAAUAAACCAGCAACAUAUAUGUUCAUAGAUCCUAAUGUAGAAGAUGAUAACUUCUAUUCAGAAGCCAACACAAGUUUGAGUGACCCAACAUUUGUUCCAAUAAAAACAUCAGAUCAUUGUGAUCGUUCCUCAGGUACAGAAAGUGAUGAUUCAUCAAUACGUUCAGUAAGAUUUAGUAAAUUAGCGGAAGUUCGUCAUAUGUCAGAAAGUGAUGCCACAGAAGCAUUAUUAGCAAGACUUAGUUAUCAAGCAAGCUUAAGAGCUGGAGAACAUGCAAGACGACAAGCCAAUAAAUUUUCUGUCCAAAAAGUUGCUAAAAUUGCACUUAUGUUUUGUUUACUUUGGUUUAUGGCAAAUUAUACUUAUCAAAUAUCAUUAGCAAGAACUGAAGCUGGAAUUGUAACUGUGUUAACAUCAACUUCUAGUUUAUUUACUCUGUUUCUUGCUGCAUUUUUUCCUAGUAAUGGUGGGGAUAAGUUUACAUUAUCUAAACUAGUUGCUGUCUCUAUUAGCAUUCUUGGACUAGUUCUAGUUGGUCUUUCAGAUUUAACUAUAGAAACUAGUAGAAUACCUACAGGCAUAAUAUUGGCCCUAGUCAGUGCAUUUUUUUAUGCAGCUUAUAUAGUGUUUUUAAAGAGAAAAGUAGAUCAUGAAGAUAAGAUGGAUAUUCCAAUGUUUUUUGGAUUUGUUGGACUUUUUAAUUUGACACUUCUAUGGCCUGUAUUUUUUAUUCUUCAUUAUGGCCAUUGGGAAGAAUUUGAAUGGCCAGAUACUCAUCAAUGGACAUUUUUAAUUAUCAAUGGUUUGAUUGGUACAGUUUUAAGUGAAGUACUUUGGUUGUGGGGUUGCUUUUUAACGUCAUCUCUCAUCGCGACUUUGGCAGUUAGUUUACUUAUGCCAAUGUCAAUGAUAGCUGAUGUCUUAUUAAAAAAAGUCGAAUACCCUUGUAUUUUCUAUCUAGGAACCAUUCCAAUGCUAUUGGCAUUUCUGACUGUAUCUCUUCUAUCAUAUUAUGACAAUUGGGAUCCAGUAAUGGAUUUAAUAAAAAGAAUUUAUAUUUGGAUUUGCAGAAAAAAUAGAUCAAUAAGAAUACCAGAUCUUGAAGCAGAACAAACAGAAUCGCUUAUAGGAAUAAAUAGCGGCGAACAUGAAGCUUAAUUCGACAAUAACGAAAAAAGAUAUGUAAUAAAUGUGUUUUGUGUAUGUAUAUUUCUAUACCUAACAAAUGCUUCGUCAAUAUGCAUAAAACAUUAUUAAUGUACUAAUGUACUACAUAUGUCUUCUUAAUAUGAAUUAUCUUUAAUAAACAAAUUUUAUAUUUAAUUUAAAAUGAAUAAUAUAUGCAUAUUUAGUUACAAAGCAUUUUUACGAAGCAUUAUAUAAUCAAUGUUAAGAAUUCUAAAAUAAUUUUUUUUUAUAAAAACAUACAUGUUACUAAAUUAAUUUACCAUAAAAAUUCAAUUUCAUUUGUGUGCAGAGUAUUACAAUACUGCCAGACAAUAAUUGUACAUUGUUCAAUAUGUAUGUUAUCUGAGCACUCAAAAGUUUUUUUCUUGAAAUAGAAAAAUAUUUAAUUAUAUUUCUUAAAAAAAGUUUUUCAUAUUAAUUGAUUUGUUAUGAUUGCUUGAUUUCUUUUUUUGAAAGAAUUUUUAUAUUUUUUACAAUGCAUACAUAUUAAAAGUUAUACUUAGCUUUUAUAUUCAUUGCAAUUUCUAGAAAAUUAUAAUACAUGAAUUUAAAAUAGAUUCUAAUAUUUCAUGCGAAAUAAUACAUAUAUAAUUUGUGAUAAAUAUGUUAAAGAUAUUUUUUUAUCAUUAAUGUUAUAUUUUUAUUCAAUUAUAUGUGCAAUAGUAAUUUAUAAAAAUAAUAAUUCUGUGUACAAUCUUCAGUUUUAAUUUUUCAGAAGAUUAAUUGCAUACACUUGUUUCUAUAAAAAAGUCUGAAAAACAAAAGAGUACUUAUCUUACCAAUAAUAUUUUGUAAUAUAUUUUAAAAUUGAUAAUAAUUAUUUAUAAUAAUUAUUAUUAGUAUUGCUUCAUUUAAAAAGUAUUAUUUUAGUAAUUUUUUUAAAUAUUUCUCAAUUUUUCAUAUUAUAUAAAAAUUACAUAAAAAGAAUUAUUAAAAAUAAAACAACUUAAUUGUUUUUCAAAAGACAUAAUGUAUGUUAUGUAAAGAUAUUUGUUAAAUAUUAUGUACUUAUUCAAAAUGAAGUAUGCCCUAAAUUUUAAGACAAUGCCAGUGAGAUAUUUAUGCAAUUUUAAUGAUAUAAGACCAUUAUAAUGAAAUUAUAUUUAGAUUUUGGACCAAUUCAAAUUCUAUAAUAUUAAGAAAUGUGGUGGCCAGAUUCAUCAAUGUAUUUUAUGGCAUACAAAUUUUAUAUUUGAUAAAAAUAAUAUUUCUAUCAUCUUUGUCAAAUCUAGUCAAAAUAAUUAUACAUUCCUUUGUCAAAGUAUAUUUUAAUUACAACAUAACAUUGGUAAUCAAUUUAUUUAUUCAUAAAAAACAGAGAAUAUAUUUUGCUAUGUUAAUUAUUUCAUUUGUGUAUAAAACAAAUGUAUUUAGUAGAAAAUAAAUAGAAUUUUUUUUUAUUAUGUUUCAAUGAGGAACAUCUAAAAAAAUUAUUUAUUAUAUUAUUCACACAGAUUUUAAAUUUGCACAUAUACAGUAUACAUACACAUAUAUAAUAAUAUGAAAUUAUAAAUCUUAUAUCAUAAAUUGUAAUAUUUUGUAAGCAAAAUAUUAAGUCCCUAUAUAAGUGUAUAAUUAGCUUGAUAUUGUGAUAUUAUAAUCAUUAUGGUGCGCAAAUAUACUUUAAUUUAAUGUAAUAUAAAUCAAGCUCUAAGAUACUGAUGUAGAUCAUAGUUAAUUGUUCCUGCAUCUACUACAGUUGUAUAUUUAUUGUACAUAUAAUAUUUUAAUAUUAAGAUUAGAAUGAUAUACAUAUUAUAUAAAUACAUCUGUCAUUAAUAAAACAAAAUGACUGAUUAUAAUAAUCGAUCUUCGAUCUUUUUGUACAAAGGCUAUUAUUAUUAUUAUUAAGAAUAAAAAUAUUUGUUUUAUUACAAAA